UUUAUUUAUUUAUUUAUUUAUUUUAUAUACAUAUAAAAUAUAUAUAAAAUAUAUUUAAAUAUAUAAAUGUAUAUGUAAUUGUAUAUAGAAAUAUAUAUAUAUUUAUAUUUAUAUUUAUAUUUAUGAGUGUGUGUAUAUUAUUAUUUGAUUUUAUUUGAUUUUAUUUAAUUUUAUUUUAUUUUAUUUUAUUUUAUUUUAUUUUAUUUUGUAAAUGGAGGCGCCGCUAUUUAUUAGAACAUCAGAACCAGAUCGAUAUGAAAUUGCUGCUCAAUCAAUAGUCUUGGUCGCUAUUUCCAUCAUUUCAUGUCUUUUUGGUGUCAAGAUUUUCAACAUCAAAUUUAAAUACCUUACCCUGUCCAGAUGGCUUGUCCUAAUUCUGUACAUAUUUUCAUGGGCAUUCACAGUCUCGACAACCUUUUUGAUCACAACAAAUAACGGAAAUUACAUUUCCUGCCUUUUAUCUAUCUUGGCCUGCGAUGUAUUUUAUUCAGGAACCAAAGUAAUUAUCUAUGCCUGGCUUAUUGAGAAAGUCUGGGUAGUCUCGGCUACUAAAUCAACUCGAAUGGAGUCAUGGAUGUACAAAUUACAUUUAUUCUUCCUCACUCCUUAUAUUGCUAUUUUUGUUUUGAUGUUGAAAUUUCACACUUCUGAAUUAGAAGAAGAUGGCACCUGUAUCAUCGGUCUUCAGUUGAUUGCAACUGCUCCUCUGAUGGUCUACGAUGUCUUAUUCAAUUUUUACAUGACCUUUUUGUUCUUGAGGCCGCUAUUCACAGCAGGAAAGCGCAGUGCUCCAGAUUGGAAAUCAUCUCGUCUACAUUCAGUUGCCAAACGCACCCUUGUUGCUUCGAUUAUCUGUCUCAUCGUUUCUUUUGCAAACAUUCUUGGACUCACAUUAAGCAACGGAAGACAACGCGGACUGCUGUGCCUGGGAUGCUGUGCAUUAGAUGUUACCAUUAGUUUGGUCACCAUUCACUGGGUUACUACUAGCCCUCGCCGAAAAAAAAGUCGAGAAACAAUGACCAACAUGACAUAUCCGGAUACUGGAAUGUCUCUGUCGGACACAGCAGUUGAAUCAGAUGGCGCACAUACUACUAGAGUUGAGGAAGUGUCGUUCCCAGAUAACAAAUUUUCGAGUGCAAAUAACAAACAGCUGGAGACAUUGAAACAUGGUGAAUAUGUGGACAUGGAUAUCAUUAAUCAUCAUAACCAUUACGAUCAACAACAACAACAACAACAACAACAACAACAACAACAACUUGGAUACGAUAAUCGACUCAGUCAAUCGAAUCGAUUUAGUUUUUCAUUUGUAGGAAAUCACUGACAAAGGUCUCCUCUGAAUUUUCAAUAUAAAAUAUUUCCUCCCAAAAAAAAAUUGAACCAAAACACACAUUACACACAUCCAAAAAGAAAGGUGGAAAUCUUUAUUUUGCUUUAGAAAAAAUAUUACCACACCUUCUUCUAUACACACUUUUUUAUACACUAUAAAGAACCAGCAUAUAGAUAUGUAGUAACAAAGACUAGAUUGAUAAAUUAUAUAUCUAUAACAUACAACUAUAUAUAAAAAAAAACAAAAAUCAAACCAAAGCAGAGAACAAAUAUUCUAUUUCAAAUUUCAAAUAUACAUACAUGUAUCACUUCUCCUUCUGCUUCUUCUUUUAGUUGCUUUGUUUAAUUUGAUCUAGUUACUGACACGAUUGGAUCUUUUGGUUACACUUAAAAAGCUUAGUAAAUUUAUUUAUAGACAUAUAGCUUCAUAUUUUAUUUAUGUAUAAAUUCAAUUUUUGGUACUUCUUUUUUUUUUUUUUUAAGCUUAAUGACAAAUGAAUAUUUUGGUCAAAUGAAAAUAAAAAAAUGUAGAUCUUGAUAUAAAAGAU